AUGCGAGGAGAGGGUAAGUGGGGUGCUGGCGAGGGUUGGACAGAAGUGGGAACUGGGUGGAAGGAAAUCAGUCGGGAUGAGAGGGAUAAAAUAGAAGUUGAUGAAAAUGGCGAUGGCGUUAGCAAGAUAGAAGACAAGGUCUUUCGUUGGAAAUAACAACUGGGCUUGGAGUACAAUGGCCUCGGUAUGAAGAAGAUGAAGAUGUGGAUAGCACUGUACGAGCUUCCAGAGAGGGAAGGUCAGGCCCGGGUUCCUCAAGGACUGGCUCGUUACCUUCAACACUGGCUUUACCUCAGCCAGAGCUAAAAGUAUUUUCCAGCAAGCCCGAAAAGGUGGACCUCGUCUUCCCUUGUCCAUUUCGAGGCUGGGAGCCUCGAAAUGGACAAGGGAAGACGAGGCGAGUGAUGAGGAUGAGAAACCAGACAGGAUGGGGCUUGGUUUGGAAUAUUCUUCAUCAGGAAGUGAUGAUUUAUAUGGAGGCACGCCUAAGCCUGAUAGACAAGAUAGUCGCGUUGACACAAUAGCUGGCGCUGCAAAUGAUACCAGCAUGGAUGAGGAAAGAAGGCAAAAGCUGCGGAAGCUCGAAGUAUCUGUGAUGGAGUACACAGAAUCUUUAGAAGAACGAGGUUUGAAAAGCUCUGAAGAGAUUGAGCGUAAAGUGUCGCUACAUAGGAAAAGGCUGGAAGUCGAUUGUGGGCUGUCGGAGGGACCCUCUCUGUCUGGAAGAGAUCGGAACAGUAAAGGUGGCGACUUGGGAUCUGAAAGAGGUUUUUUACGCUCAUCAGAAAGAGGUUCCCGGGAAAGAAAGGACAGACGAGACGAAAGAAGGGAAUUCGGUUUCUCAAAGAAGCGCACAAGGAGUCGAAGUCGCAGCAGAAGUCCUUCUCGCGUGAAGGAUCGAUCGAGUAGAGAGAGAGAUAGAGAAAAGGAUAGAGAUAGAGAAAAAGAUAGGGAACGCGAACGAGAAAGAGAACGAGAUAGAGAACGAGAUAAAGACAGAGGGCGAGAUAGAGAAGUCAAAGAUAGAGAGAAGGUUGUCACUAGAGACAGAGAAGAACAUGCUAGAGAGAAAGAUAAAGACAGAGAUCGAGAGAGAAACAGAGACAGAGAUCGAGAGAAAGAGAGAGAAAGGGAAAGGGAGAGGGAUAAGAGGAGUCGCAGGAGCUAGGUUUUGUUAAAUUAACAAAUUAAUUACUCACCAAUUGUCUAGUUUUGGGUGGAUGAGUACUCACAAUGCAACUACUUCCGUUCGAUUUUUUCCAAGGGAG